AUGGAUCCGCUCAUCACUUCCACUGAGUUUCCAAGCAAUUGGACAAACGACUCCAUCGCACAGAAUGAAACCGAGAUAAACUGGAACCAGUUUGUGCAACCAGUUUGGAGGAUAGUGCUCUGGGCAGUAGCUUACAGCACAAUUGUCAUCGUGUCCGUGGUGGGCAACAUCACAGUGAUAUGGAUCAUUUUGGCGCACAAACGAAUGCGAACAGUGACGAACUAUUUCCUCGUGAACUUGGCUUUCGCUGAGGCGUCGAUGUCCGCAUUUAACACGGUUAUAAACUUUGUCUACGCCGUGCAUAAUGAGUGGUAUUUUGGGCUCUAUUACUGCCGAUUUCAUAACUUCUUUCCCAUAGCAGCUGUCUUCGCGAGUAUAUGUUCCAUGACUGCGAUUGCACUCGACAGAUAUAUGGCCAUUAUCCAUCCCCUGCAGCAGAGGAUGUCUGCAACUCAGACGAAGGUGGUUAUCGGGGUAAUCUGGGUGCUGGCUCUUCUGCUGGCUUUUCCCCAGUACUACUACUCCAACACAGACCAACUUCCUGGAAGAGUUAUUUGCUACAUUGAUUGGCCCGAGUACACUCUCCUGAACUUCAGUAAGAUGUACUAUGUGUGUGUAGCAGUACUGAUUUACUUCCUCCCUCUCUUGAUGAUGGGCUGUGCUUACCUGAUGGUGGGUUUGACUCUUUGGGCCAGUGAGAUCCCAGGAGAUUCGUCUAACCGUUACGAAGAGCAGCUGGCUGCCAAACGCAAGGUGGUGAAAAUGAUGAUUGUUGUGGUGUGUACCUUCGCUGUUUGCUGGCUCCCCUAUCAUGUGUUUUUCCUGAUUCACCAGUUCUACCCAAACCUGUCUGAGCAUCCCUUCAUGCAGCAGGUCUAUCUGACUAUCAUGUGGCUGGCAAUGAGCUCCACUAUGUACAACCCCAUUAUAUACUGCUGCCUUAAUGACAGGUUCCGUGCCGGGUUCAAGCAAGCAUUCCACUGUUGUCCGUGCGUUCCUGAGGGAUCCUAUGAGGGUCUAGAGCUCAAGUCCGCCCGGUACCAACAAACUCAAACUAGUUUGUACAGGGCUAGUCGAAUGGAGACCACGGUGUCCUGUGUGAUGCAGCCAUGUGGAGAUGGGCAGAAGGUCACGUUCGGGAGCAUCAGAGGGGCACCUGGGAGGCCGGCAGUUCACAGCCCUUUAAGAGAGCUCACCUCUAAUGGCUCGACCUCUCGUAGCAUGUCUAAGACUGCGUCGGAGACGUCCAGCUUUUACUCCAGUAACAAUCAACUAGAAUAGGAGCCCAGAAACACAAGAUUCCUGUUUGAGGAGAAAAGCAACCAUCUUACCAAA